UGGGAGAGAGAUCCCGAUUCCCGGAUCAGAUUGGGUCCAACUUGGAAAUCAAAACAAAGUCGGAAGUCAACUCAAGACGUGUGGACCGUCGUGCGUCGUCGGGAGACCAAAUAGUUCCAAUAAAUGGUAAACUUAUAAAGUUCUAAGCCGGCCGGCCGGUUCUUCGCCAACUUUUUCGAAGGAAAGAAAUUCUACUUUAGGAUAAAAAAAAGCCAUUAUGAAUUCCAAAAGGAAGACUGAUAGUUAUAAACUCUACAGUUGCACACACCUUUCGAGGGCAAAAAUAAAUCUAAAAGUAGAUAAAAAUGAGCUAGGAAAUCAAAAACGUGUGACAUACAUUAGCAAGCCUAAUCCUUCAUUAACGAUAAAUUCCGCAAAUGGACAAACGACCGUUUUUUUGCCACCCUCGAGAAGUCUGCUCAAAUCAAACGGAUUAAAAAAUAAAUCAAAUUCAAGACUGCCAUACACAGAGUCGAUCAAAUACGAUCCAUUUCCGGUCGAUAGUCCCAGAUUAGAAAUGGACAAUCCUCAAACUUUCUCCUUCGGAUCAUCCGAAUUUGAUGAUUUUGAUUUGAGCAACGAGGCUCCUAGUCGUUACAAGCCCAAUAUACUCAAAACUAAAAGUGCAAAAGUACAAAUUAGCGCAUUUAAAACUCCCAAAGCUAACAAUAAGGAUUUAGUUAAAGCCAAAAGUAGUCAUAAGAGAAAACAGACUUACAAUCUUUCCAAAAUCGAUGAAGACGUAAUUUUACACGAACCCAAAAGAAUGAAAGAGAAUGAGACGAAGUUUUUGAAGAAGUGUCAACAGAAAAAAGCGGGAAAGCGGAUACAAAUUAUUAAAAAGAAAGAAAAGGACUCUUGUGCCCGAGUUUGUCCAUAUUUAUUAGCGUUUGAUAAAUCCCCAGCUAGCCAGAAAAAGUAUGAUCUCCUCGAAACCCUGAAUACCGAAAUAUUCCGCGAAGCAUUUCCGAAUUCGGAAUAUCAGGCUGAAAAUGAAGAAAGUUUUGAAGAAACGUUUGAAGAACUUUCAGCGGAAGUUCCUGUAAACUCGGAAUUUUUCGUUCCCGAUUAUUUGGACUAUUUGAGCACGAGUGACUCGAUUUCGGACUCAGACGAGGUCCACAAACUCUUAAGUCCCUCGUUGAACAUUGAUGUUUUGGAUAUGUUUACGUUUCCUUCACUCGAAACGGAAAUUAAGGACAUCAAUGGCAAUGCUUUGAAGCCAAUUUCGAGCCUCGCGGAGUUGGAUGAAGAGUGUAAAAAUUUUAUUCUCGAGAAUAAUAGGCUCAAAGGAUACAUGAAUAGUGUUAUCUUCCAGAAUAAUUUCGAUGAUAAGGAAUCGAGCAGUUUUAGGGGUGAGAAUGUGAAUCAGAGUCCAGUUUAUGUGCCCCACUUUGGUGCCAAAGACACUUUGAUCAAUGGUUUUGAACCAGCGGCUGUAUUUUCGAGUAAAAAGGUUCAGGAUUUUCAGUCGAGUGGGCUGGAUUUCAGUCCUCUUUCGGAAGAGAGCAAAGCGAGGAAGCCCCAAGUUAUAGUGGAAUUUAACAAGUUUUUUUUGAGUUGCGCACAUGUCGAGUGUUAUGAUCAGAGAGAGACAAUGGAGAGUUGUGAUCUUCAUGAUUAUGUCAAAGACCAAGUACCUGUUUCACCAAAGACUUUAAUGCCUGUCGAGGAGGCGGAGAGGGAAGAGAUUAGGAGAGAGUACUUAGAUAAUGGAAUCAAGAGUAUGGAGGAAGUUAAAUUUGAAAGGUAUCAGUGUCCUGAUUGCGACAUUAUAUUCGGUAAAAAAAGGUCCCUCGCUCUUCAUCGAAACAAAGCUCAUUCAGGUUUUUAUUCGUAUACAUGUACCAGAUGUGCCAUGUUGUGUAACAGCAAAACCCACCUCCAAAGACAUACCCAGAGCUGUAAUUCUAUUAAAAAGGCACUUGUCUGCUUCGUUUGCCAAAAAAGAUAUAGCUAUAAGUCAUCUCUAAAGCAGCACCUUAAGAACAAACACGGCGUUCUUCAAGAAUAAAAGAAGCUUCGACAUAUUUUUCAAAUGUUUCAGUAGUCUCUCCCCGACUUUCCGGUAUUUAAUACUCGCAAUUCGACUUAAGAUAGUAUAGUAUUUUAAGUACAAGUACUAUAAUUCCAUUGGCUGAUUGAUAGUCUCGAAAAAAAGGUAGUUCAACCUAUACAUUGAUUGUAAAAUAUUUUAUAAAUUUAUUUAUUCCAGCUAAUUCAGCAAUUCCAUUAAGUAACUGAUUUAGUUGGCUGGCCACGUAAAUUAUUUAUUAUUUUCAUUUCUAUUAUUUAAACUUACUACGAUAUAUAUAUUACGAACCAUGUUAAUUGGGCGAACUAUUUUUUUUUAUAUGCCAAAAUUGUUUUUGUCUGAACAGUACUCGAACUGUCCACUUGCGAUCAUUCGCAUCACUUGUAAAAGUGAAAACGGACACUUAGGGAAAGACUACUGCACUCUGAGAAACUUUUAGUUUUUUAAAAUAUUUUUAUACUCCUUUACUUUGAUAAUUCUAAAUUUUUACGUACGUAUAUACUAUAUAUAUAUGUAUAUUGAAAAGUCGAUACAUUUGACGCAACUGUUUUAAAAUUACCAACGAAAAUUUUAAUUUACUUUUAAAACUAUUAUUUCGUUUUUAAACAUGUAUAUUUUGGAUACAAUGUGUUUGUUGCAAUGGAUUCACCAAUUUUGGCUAAGAAAUAAAAAUUCAUAUUAUUUUUACACAAUUUAGUAUUGUCAGUAGAGAUAUGCAUCGCUUUAAGUGAUAUGCACAGCUCUAAGUGAGGUGCAUCGCUCUAUAUGAUGUGCAUCGUUUUAAGUUAUAUG